AUGUCGUUCUUCGGAAAGCUCUACACAUUACAAAAGAACGAAAACUUCGAUAGCUUCAUCAAUAGCUUGAACCUUCCUCAAGACAAAGCAGAUGCCUUAAUCAACGCAAAACCUUCCCAGAAGAUCGAAAAAGACGGCGAUUAUUAUAUUAUUACAACCAUUACUUCAAAAAGAACUACUGAAAUCAAAUUCAAAAACGGUGUCGAAUUUGAUGAAGCGUUUACAAAUGAAAUUACUACCAAGAACACAGUAACUGUAGAUGGUAAUAAAUUCACCCAAGUCCAAAAGGCCGAUGACAAAAUUAUUACGAUCAUCAGGGAAUACUCGCCUGAACAACUAGUAGUCACCCUGACCUGCAAUUUCUGGGACGGGACCGCGAAAAGAUACUACACCGCCAAUUAA